AUGACGAUCUUCCUUUUAUUGGGCAACAUUGACUCCUGCAACGCGAGCGACAAAGAUUUCAAAUUUCAGUCCUUUGAGAGGACGCUCAUCAAGCAGUUGGUGGAGAGGUACGAGAGACUGGGUAAAAUUGGCAGGCCGGUGAUGAACAACAACCAGACGUUGAAUGUACAGUUUGGACUUUCGUUGUUCCAGCUCAUGGACCUUGAUGAAGCUGAUCAACUGUUCACAGUGAAUGUCUGGAACAAAUUUGCGUGGCGGGAUGAAAUUUUGACAUGGGAUCCCAAAAAUUACAACGAAGUGAAGCACGUUCGAAUUCCGGUGAAGCACGUCUGGACACCCGACAUCGUACUCCUUAACUAUGCUGACGAGCGUCUGGUGGAGCUGCGCGAGGUGAUGCUCACCGUGGACUACACAGGUCAGAUCUUCUGGAGUCCACCAUCUAUAUACAAGUCCAUGUGUCGUAUUCAGAUGGAACACUUCCCAUUCGAUCAUCAGAUCUGCUACCUUCGGUUCGCAUCUUGGACGUUGCACGGUCGGCGACUUAACCUCACCUUUUUAGAUGGGAUCAAAAGUGCUCUGCUGGAUGAUUACCAGGAGAGCAAUGAAUGGCACAUUGUGGCUUACCCCGCAGUUCGACGCUUCUUUCGACAGACGUGUUGCGACGAGCCCUCACCCAAUCUUAUAUUUUUCUUCGUAUUGAAGCGCAACCCGGACUUUUACGCCUACCUACUCGUUCUCCCGUGCAUUUUGCUAGCGGUGCUUAAUCUGGUCACCUUUUGGCUGCCUCCUCAAAAUCCUGCGAGAAUGAUGCUUGGUCAGUUAUUUUGCCUCCCUCUCUGGGUGCAGGUUCCACGUAGCAUGGAGCAUAGUCACGUGGGCUGUUGUACUGAUGCCACAACAUUAGGACUAAAAGAUACUGAGGAUGAUCAUUCGUAA